CCAUGCGCGGCAGGGAGGACGCAGAGCCUAACUCUACAGCGACCCCGUGCGGGUGUGUGAAGCCGGCUCUGGAGACAGGUAAUCUGUUGACAGAGCCAAUUGGCUACUUGGAAUCAUGUUUCUCAGCCAAGAAUGGCACCCCAAGGCAGCCAUCCAUUUGUAGCCUUUCAAGGGCUUGUUUGAAGAUAAGAAAGAGCAUCUUUAAUAAUCCUGAACACUCCUUGAUGGGCCUAGAUCAGUUUUCUCAUGUCUGGAUUUUGUUUGUUUUUCACAAAAAUGGUCGUUUGAGCUGUAAGGCCAAAGUGCAGCCUCCUCGGCUAAAUGGAGCGAAGACUGGUGUUUUUUCUACAAGGAGCCCUCAUCGUCCCAAUGCCAUAGGACUGACCCUGGCCAGGCUGGAAAAAGUAGAAGGUGGAGCGAUUUACCUCUCUGGAAUUGACAUGAUACAUGGCACUCCUGUGCUGGACAUUAAGCCCUACAUAGCUGACUAUGACUCACCGCAGAAUUUGAUUGAGCCUCUGGAAGACUUUAAUUUACAAGAUAACAAGCAUAAGCCAAGAACUGUGUUUGGGUCCAGUUGCAUGACUGGUAGGUGGGACCAGCAGCAGCUCACUGAGUGCGUUGAGCCACAGCCCUGCAGUAGCACUAAGGAGAAACCUAAAUGUCCUGAAAACAGAGCUUCCCAAGGAGAACAUGUGGAGCAUGAUGACACAGCAGACGCUCGGCCCUCCUCUGAGCCUGGAGAAGUGGCAGCAGGUUUGGGUUUAGAAUCGAGACGAGAUCAGAGUGUGGAAGAGCAAGUUGGCUCCCGUCAUCUGGAGAAGAACUUUUCUGAGGGAGGUGCAGAUAAGAGGUCAAAAAGACAGGAGGCAGCCAUCCUACCAGGAGCCACUGUGGAGAGACAGCCUGGGGCCCUGCCCUGUCCUUUCCGAACUGCUCCUGAAGCCCACCACAGUGUGGUGCCCACCUGGGUGAGAGAGCCACCUGUGACCACGUUAGAUGUUCGCUUCACCCCUCACGCCGAGCUGGACCUCAGGCGCCUCAGUUCAGAUGGUGUUCAAACUGCAUUUAAGUAUUUUCAGUCAGCUGAGGAAGCAAAGCGUGCCAUCGAGGCAGUGCUGUCGGCCGACCCUCGGUCCGUGUAUCGGCGGAAGCUCUGCCAGGACAGGCUGUUCUAUUUCACCGUAGACAUCGCACACGUCACUUGCUGGUUUGGUGACGGCUUUGCAGAAGUUCUAAGGAUCAAGCAUGCGUCUGAGCCCGUCCACGUGCCUGACCCAGCAGAGUCCUUGGUGUCUCUGGGAUCCUGA